AUGGCUCGUUUAGCUAAUAAUCCGGCAGUAUCCCGAGAUCUUUCUGGGAAUACGAAGCCAGCAACGCGUGCAACCCCAGAAGUCUCAUCCAACUUCAUUGAACUGGAUUUUGUGAAAAGGCGCUUCCUUCAACAGAAUAAGGUGUUAGCCACCAAGAAUUCAGAACUCAUGGCGAGAAUCAGUAAUUUGGAGGCCCAGCUGGCAUCUGCACAAAGCGACAACCUCUCCUUACGAAAUGCUGAGGUUAAGCUAAGGGAUAAUUUUGGGAAGAAUCUGGACUCGCUGGAAAUAGACGUCAUAGAAAAGUUUGAAGGCAUACUUUCACAGAUCAAUCGAAUGCGCCGCGAAUUAUCUGUCAGUGAAACCAUAGCUGAAAGCCGACUAAGAGAAUUGAAAGAAGCAAAGAUACAGGAAAUUAGAAAUCGAGAACAGCAAAACACAGAACGUUGGAAACGAAGGAGAAGAAGCCUUUCGAUACGAGCAGAAACCGUCGAUCCGCAAACGCCUGUCGUGAUCCCAACUCCUGAACCUGAGCGUCCAGUAGUUAAUGACCUUUGCACACCAGCUACUGUGGAAGCCGACCAAGUUGCGCAAAAUGAGAUCGCUCAAAAAACGUCCGAACCUGCAGAUGUCCAAGAAGUUCCGCAUGAAGAGAUGUCAUACCGUCCAAACUUAGACCCUAAUGUCUCUCCAGAGCUUUUGGCAACACCACCACAAUCGAAAGGAAAAGAAUCGAAAGCCAUCGAGGUUCAGAGCUCGUCUCCAGAACAACUCUUGAAACCAAAACGCCCAGUUGUUUUCCAAGACAACGUCGACCCACUCUCUAUGCCUACUCGUGCAGACAAGCGCAAGUCCUUUUCGCCUCACCACUCAAUUCGCAAGCUACGAAGGAAAUCUAUUAUCGGAGAAUCCUCAGACAUCAAAUCACGGCGUGCCACCAUCAUAGGAGUCAGAAGAAGCCGCAAAACGCAAAGAGAGCCAUUGUCGCAAAUGGAUUCGAAUGUUCCCGCUCAACCACUGAAUCGGGACGAAACUCCAACAGAUUCGGUUUUCGAGUUCAUGGAGACCACUGUUAAUGCCGACCAGGAGAAUUUGAAUCGACAGCGUAGAAAAAGCAUGCAUUUCCGUCGCACAGCUAGAGGUAUAGAAGAAAUUAAUUAA